UCUCUCCGCAAAGAAAUUUUUUUUCGAUUUUUCUCGAUUUCUCUUUCAAAUAAAAGGCAUCGAAAGGGAAAACGGAGGCCGAGAGCCAGUACGAAAAGUUUUCCGAUCUUCGACAGCUCCUCAGCUGCUAGGGAAGCUCCCCUCCUUGUCUAUUCCUCGUGGUUUUCGGAUUUUCUCCGCUCUCCCGGAUCCUAAAACUCUCUUCUUCAGAUGGGCAGUGAGCAUCAUACAACUGAUGCCAGCCUUUCGGUGGAUGGUGGUGGUAGUGUUGAUCAAUCAGAAUGCACAUCGAAUGCACAUUCCCCUGCAACUGAAGGGAACGGGGAUCAGGAACUGAUAAGAAACCAGGAGGUCCCUGAACGCUUGAAUAAAGGUGUUUAUGUUUACAGGCAAGAUGUUGUAAGGUCUGGUAAGAAAGAGGGACUGAUUGGCAUGGUUAUGGAAGUUGGUGGAGACCUGGACUCAGAUAGCAGCAUUAGCGACAGUGAGGAUGAUUCUGAUAGCAAUGAUUUGUUGUUAAAUGGUCAAGUUAAAGUCAUAUGGGCUGAUCAUACCGAGACAAAAGAUAAUGCUGAUGAGAUUGUGGUUGCAGACAGGGCGUUUAUGCAUGGUGAUGUUGUGGCAUCUGCUUCUGAUCCAACUGGACAGACAGGAACCGUGGUGGAUGUGGACAUCAAGGUUGAUUUGCUGGCUGCAAAUGGGGAAAUAAUAAAAGACAUUUCCUCGAGGGAAUUACUGCGGGUUAGGGAUUUCACCAUUGGUGAUUAUGUGCUUAAUGGACCUUGGCUAGGCCGUGUUGAUGAAGUUUUAGAUAAUGUGACUGUGAUGUUCGAUGAUGGGUCUGCUUGUAAAGUGAUUAAGGCUGACCCUGUGCGGCUUGCACCUGUUUCAACAAGCCUGCUUGAAGAUGCACAUUUUCCAUACUAUCCUGGCCAAAGGGUUAAAUCAUCAUCUUCGUCAGUGUUCAAAAAUUCUAGGUGGAUUUCAGGCUCAUGGAAAGCUAGCCGUUGCGAAGGAACGGUGGUUAAGGUGCAGGCAGCAUCAGUGUUUGUUUAUUGGAUUGCUUCAGCCAGCACUGGCUAUGGUUCUGACUCCAUCGCCAUUCCUAGCGAUGAGCAAGAUCCUAAGAAUUUGAAACUGCUAUCUUGUUUGUCAUAUGCAAACUGGCAACUAGGUGACUGGUGUCUUUUCCCUUCGCAUAAGCAUUCUGCUACUAGUGUUUCAUUAAAUGGGAAACAUGGUGGCUCUUUCUGCAGUUCUGAUUCUCAGAUUAAGGGCAUUGAUGAUUUGUUAACUACUCAUGUGGAAGAUAUGGGCAACGGAUCCAGCACAGAAGGCUCUGCAGUAGACUCCUGUGAUCCUGGGCUUGCUUAUACAAAGCCAAAUCCAUGUGAUAUGGUGGAUAAGAAGUUUUCAGAGCUUGAAAUAAAUGAUCAAAAUGGUGAAUGUAGUAGUAGUUCUAUCCGACUUGAACCUGAAGAUAGUGAUCUAACAGGUCACUUGGGUUUACAUGCAGCAACAACAGGAAAGCUAGAUGAAAAUGGGAACUUUGACCUUCGUCAAAGCAAUAGUGAUUCAGUGGAAAUUGGGCAAAAACAAAAGCUGGAUGAGCGUAAUGACAGUAUAGGAGAUAAUGCAUCAGAUUUUGGUUCUUGCAGCAGUUCACUUUCAGUAAAAAAAGAACCUGCUCAUGAUAAUCGCCUUUCUCAUAGAAAAAAGCUUCGUAAAAUUGUUGUAAAACGGGAUAAGAGGGCAAAAAGAAAAGAAGAAGCAUUUGAAAAAGCUCUUCUUAUUGCAAACACUGUCACUAAGGUUGAUGUGAUUUGGCAGGAUGGAGUGAGGCAGAAUGGUAUAUUUUCAAAGGACUUGAUCCCAAUUGAUGACACUGGUGAUCAUGAAUUCUACCCUGAGCAGUAUGUGGUGGAGAAAACUUCAAAUGAAGAUGAAGACAUUCCUGCAGUGAAGCGUGUAGGAGUUGUUAAAAGCGUUGAUGCAAAGGAGCGAACUGCUCUAGUAAGAUGGUUAAAGCCUGCAUCACGACCAGAAGAUCUUAGAGAGUUUGAUACAGAAGAACUUGUAAGUGUAUAUGAACUUGAUCAACAUCCUGAUUAUGACUAUUGCUAUGGAGAUACUGUAAUCCGUCUCUCUCCAAUCUUUGGUGCUGCUGAAGUAGUCAGUUCUGGCGAUCUUAAUGGUGAGAGGCACCAUCAAGCUGGCUCAGAAGAGUUGUGUGGUAAAACAGAGACCAUAGACCAAUCUGAUCAGCAGCAGUCAGGACAAGUUUCUGAACAUGAAAAUAUUAGCCAUUUUGAUAGUGUAUCAUGGGUUGGCAAUGUAACUGGUCUUAAAGAUGGUGAUAUACAGGUUACGUGGGCAGAUGGUAUGGUGUCAAUGGUGGGCCCUCAAGCUGUGUUUGUUGUUGGUCGUGAUGAUGACGAUGAUUCCAGCCAAGCUAACAUUGAAGAUGGUGAUGAUGAUGCUGCCAGUUGGGAGACAGUUGAUUCUGAUGAUAUGAACGCACUUGAGAACGUUGAUGAGGAAAAUAAGGAAGAUGGGUUGCAGCAGGCCAUCGAACAUGAUCCAGAGGCUGCUGGAGUUGUCGUUUCCCCUGGCGAGGACAUGCAUGGACAAACUGGAGGUCUUUCUAUUACUCUUGCAGCACUUGGAUUUGUUACUAGAAUUGCCUCUGGAUUAUUCUUUAGAGGAAGAAAGCAGACAGACUCAUUGGAACCAAACAAUUCUGAUGGUAUUCAAUCUGCUGAGAAUACUUCAGAGAAUUUUAGUGUAGAAUCAGCUGAUGGUGCUGCUGGACUUGAUUUGGAUCGGAAUGAUUCCUCAGAUGCCCCGACGUUUCAACAGAACGGAUAUGACAGCUUAAAUUGUGCCAGUGAUACUAAUGUCUUUAAACAUUUCGAUAGUGCUACAACUCCAGAAGACCAUUAUUUCCUCAAUGAAAACGGGCAGACUGCCUGUGAGAGGAAGUGGGCGAAGAAGGUUCAGCAAGAAUGGUGCAUCCUUGAGAAAAAUUUGCCAGAGACAAUUUACGUGAGAGUUUAUGAAGAGCGUAUGGACCUCCUGAGAUCAGUUAUAGUUGGUGCAUAUGGGACUCCUUACCAAGAUGGCCUUUUUUUCUUUGAUUUUUACCUUCCGCAAGAGUAUCCACUUGUUCCACCCUUGGCAUAUUAUCAUUCUGGUGGUUUGCGGAUAAAUCCAAAUUUAUAUGAGAAUGGAAGAGUGUGUCUCAGCCUUCUAAACACAUGGACUGGUAAAGGAAAUGAAGUUUGGGACCCCUCAUCCUCGAGCAUUCUUCAAGUACUUGUCUCGCUUCAGGGCCUGGUUCUCAAUUCCAAACCAUACUUCAAUGAGGCCGGUUAUGAUAGACAGGUUGGGACAGCUGAAGGAGAGAAAAAUUCAUUGUCAUACAAUGAAAAUUCAUUCCUGCUGAGCUGCAAGUCCAUGCUGUAUGUUUUGCGGAGACCACCAAAGAACUUUGAAGCACUAGUGAGGGACCAUUUUCAAAAGCGUGGUUUGUACAUUCUCAAGGCAUGCGAUGCAUAUCUCAAGGGUGCUGUUGUCGGCUCUCUAACUAAAGAUGCCACUGUGACCGAGAGAAGCAAUGAGCAAGGGAGCUCCGUUGGGUUCAAAUUGAUGCUGUCAAAGCUUCUGCCUAGACUGUUCACUGCCUUGAAGGAAGUUGGAGCUGACUGUCAGCAAUUUGAGCACCUUGCUUCGAAGUCAAACAUAGAAAGAUGAUUAUAGACCAAUGGUUCUGUUCACUUCAGCGAGUUGGAAUUGAUUCAGGUGAUAGGCGUCGAUCUUUUCAAACUCCAUGAAUGCUUAAUGCAGGCCCUGUGCUGCUUCAUGAAGUAUAAAUUUCAGUUGCAAUUUUCAGGAACUGCAGAUGAUUGGAAGGUCGAGGGUGGGGUUGGGGUGAGUUUGUAUUUGUCAUCCAUUCUUUAUUCAAGUGGCCUAAAAUUGAAGCUUCUUUUGUCUUGUCUUGAGUUUACCAUGGUCAUAUUCUGCCAGCUUAGUUUGUGAUGCCAUUCUUACAGUGACGUCUAAUCACUGCAAAAUUUGUAUUUUACUUGUGACGAAGUAUUCCAUUGUUGUUUUUAGACUAAAUCAAGGUAUAAAUGUUGCUCAUCCAAGAAAGUUAAUGUAAGUUCUUUUCGUCGUCCGGUGCCAAUCCCCUCUUGAUGGUAUUCAAUCUCAUUGUGCCUGCCUGAUGACAUUCAACAUUUCAAUAAAAAGAUUAUGUUUCCUAUUUUAGGGACAUUCCUGCA